AAUACACACGGAGCGCGCGUGCGUCCUCGGUGUCACACUUGCUCUCUGCCUUGCUCCCACACCACCACCACCAUUGCACGCUGGCCUUGAGCUCGGUCGAUCGAACUAUCCUUCACUUGCAGUGGAGCUCGCGGUUGAGCGAUGGAGCCGGUGGAGUCGGCCAAGUGCGAGUGCUGCGAGCUGCGGGAGGACUGCACCCGGGGGUACAUCGUGGGCGUGAAGGCCGACUUCGGCGGGCGGUGGCUGUGCGGGCUCUGCUCCGAGGCGGUGAGGGUGGAGGGCAGGAAGCGCGGGAUGGAGGCGGCGCUGCAGGACCACAUGGCCUUCUGCGCCGGCUGGUGCCGCGGCAAGGACCCCGCGCUCCGGGUCGCCGACGGCAUGCGCCAGAUGCUGCUCCGCCGCCGCCGGCCCAUCUCCAUCUCCAAGUGAAGCCAAGCGAAGCGACCCACCAUUCAUGGCGCGCGAUGGAUGCACCGCGCCGGCGACGAAUGGGUCCAGCCUGGCCGGCGGUGACGACAAGCGCCGUUGCAAACAAGAUCGAUGUAAUAAUUAGCCAAGGGUUCAUAUGUACGCAGUAGUAAUACGGAGCAUGUAUGUAUGUAAUGUGUAGUAAUAAUCUUAGCUAGUAGCUAGGUUGAAGCUGCAUUGCAUCGUUGGCAGGUAGCUGAUGCUAGUGCUAGCUUUGCUCAAGCCCCGGCUGUACAAAAGGGGCCCAAUAACAUGAGAGUGUUAGGAAUUAAUUAGUAGAUUAAUUAGCACAUGCUAAUUAAUGAAUAAUCAUUAGAAAAAGGAUGUGUCCAACCCCGAACAGUCAUGUCCCUUCUCUCUUUCUAUUGCCAAUAGGCACCUGUUCUGGAGGGAUGCCUUCGAACAGACACCUCUU